AUGCGUGACCUAGCAGUGGAAAUUGACCAAAUCCUGCAGAGGUAUACUUCGUCAAGCAAACGAGAUGGUAGCUUACAUAGCACUGCGUUCGUGGUCAGAGGCAGGGAUGGCAGAAUUCUUUAUUCCGGAGCAGCGGGGAAGCUGAACUAUGAGACUGACGAACCCUAUACGGAGGACUCGGUGUCGUUUCUCGCAUCGAUGACAAAGCUCAUCACUUCGAUCGCUGUCCUUCAGGUCGUUGAGAAGGACCUGGUCGGGUUAGAUGAUGAUCUCGCUACCUUGAUACCAGAGUUCAAGAGCCUGGAGCUUUUGAUUGGAUUUGACGACGCGGGAAAGCCAGCGUAUGGCAAGCACACCAACCCUAUUACUCUGCGUGGAUUUGGCUAUGACAUGUUUGACCCAGACCUGAUCAGAUGGAGAGCAUUGCAAAGGGGCAGUGUGCCAGACACUUUCGCGAAACCAACAACCUUUGAAGCAUACAAACUUCCCCUGAAAUUUCAACCGGGAGAUGGCUGGGUAUACGGUGUGUCAACGGACUGGGCAGGAAAGGUCGUCGAAGAGUUGACGGGUCUUUCGCUUGAGGAUUACUUCCAGCAGAACAUCUUUCAACCACUAGGGCUGAAAUCCACAACGUUUCGAAUUGGUUCACAUCCAGAACUUCUCGCACGAAGGGCUACCAUUUCACUCAGGACGGUCCCGCGGGGUGCUCUGGCAGCAACGAGUAACCCACAGCCCGACAACCCUCCCUUUGAUGGUGGAGGCCAAGGUUUACAUUCGACAGCUUCCGAUUAUGCCAAAUUACUAGGAGCUCUUCUUGAUGGUGGGAGAGGUAUUUUGAAAGAGACAACCAUCCGUGAUCUCAAUCAGUCACAGCUACCAGAUCCCACAGCAUUGGAGACACAUAUCUUCGGCGAUAACCAUCUUACCUUCGCUCCAGAGUAUCCCAAGGGCUUGCGGAUCAACCAUGGGCUGGUGGGUUUACUCAACGUGGAGGAUAUCUCUGGAAAGCGUCGAGCUGGGAGUUUGACCUGGAGCGGAGUAACCAAUCCUCGAUGGUGGUAUGAUCCCAAGUCUGGCAUAGCAGCAACGCUUUUCGUUCAACUGUUGCCUCCUGGGGACGUGGUUGUGGCGGAGCUCUUUGAUGAAUUAGAGAGAGCUGUGUACAAGAAUCAUGUGGACGACUUGAAAGCAUGA